AUGUUGACGAAUACAGCUGCAGGUUGUAGACGAAUGCAUGUGAUCUGCACCGCACCGGCCGGCGGUACAACUGCCUCUAUGGAGUUUAACAAGCGAUUUGGUGGAGGAUUUGAAGCAAAAACGGUCACUGCACUGAUGAAAUGUAACGCGAAACAGAACUGGAUCUACACCAAGGACGGUGUUGCUCAAGCAAUCACGUCAGUCGGAUGCAUGUAUGUCUAG